AUAAGUGACAUCUAAUUGGUUUUCGUCCUUUAGCCUAUGCCAUGUGUCAGGUGGUGAUAUCCACAGAAUCUAAGCCCGCCAAUGAGCUUGCAAUACGAUGCCAAUGACACUCGACCUUCAACAGAUAACGGAAAGACAUGGUGAUCCACCAUCCAUGGCUUCCCUGCCCUCCUCCUCCUCUCUCUCUCUCUCUCUCUCUCUCUCUCUCCACUUGUCCUCGCUCCACCAUGCCACUCCUUCACUUUCUCUGUGCCUCUUGCCCUGCCACCGCCCGGUUGGUGGCAACCAUGUCCACCAAGCCAUCAGCGCUGAGCCCAUCAUCCCCAACCAGCGGCAAUGACUUCCCCCUCCCACUCCCGGACCUCCCCGCUCAUGUCAGUGAGAAGAUCCUGAGCCUGGAGGUGAUGGGCGUCGACUCUGGCCGCGUCCUCGCCCUCAACCCUGCGCUCCGCGCCGCCACCCCCGACUCCAUCCACUCCAUCAUCUCCUACCUCCUCUCCAAGGGCAUCCACCACAAGGACCUCCCCCGGAUCCUGGGCAUGUGCCCCACGAUCCUUACCUCCAGCAUCCGCUCCGACCUCAGCCCCGUCUUCGCCUUCCUCUCUCGCGACCUCCGCGUCCCGGCCUCCCACAUCCGACGGGUCAUCAACAAGUGCCCCCGCCUGCUCGCCUCCAGCGUCCGUGACCAGCUCCGCCCCGCCCUCAUCUACCUCCACCGGCUGGGCUUCAGGGACGCCCGCGUCCUGGCGUACCAGGAGCCCGUUCUCCUCGUCUCGAGCGUGGAGAAGACCUUGAUCCCCAAGCUGCAGUACCUGGUGGGGCUGGGGCUAUCCCGGGAGGAGGCGGUGGCCAUGGUGCUCCGAUGUCCGGGGCUGUUCACCUUCAGCAUCGAGAACAACUUCAAGCCCAAGCACGAGUACCUCGUGAGGGAGAUAGGCGGAAGCCUGGAGGACCUCAAGGAGUUUCCCCAGUACUUUGCUUUCAGCUUGGAGAAAAGGAUCAAGCCCAGGCACCAGCAGCUGAGGGAGAGUGGGGUCAAUGUACCCUUAUCAGUGAUGCUGAAAAGCACUGAUGAAGAGUUCAAGGAGCUGAUACACAAGAUGAACACAUAGAUUUUGCAUUCUUAGCACCUUGUAUAUAAGCCAAAUCCUCAUCUUUUAGGAGUGUGGUUCUCCAUCAUAUGCUCUUAGAUUCUCAAGAAAACAUGUAAACCGACCAUAACCUUUACUGGUUUGUAUGAACUACUACUGCAAUUAUUGCUGGGGUGAA